AUGAAAUCGUGGGAUGGUGAUAAACUCAACGUGACCGACUUUAUGGACAAAUGGAUCAAACAAAUGGGUUAUCCUGUUGUCGAGAUGUACCGUAUCGAUGAUCACACGAUAGAACUAACCCAGAGGCGUUUCAAGCUUGAUCAUCUCACACCAGAGAAAGCAAAAUACCGUAACGCACAGUACUGGUAUAAAUGGGAUGUACCAAUUUUCUACGAGUUGAAUGGGAAUCCGCCAUUUCAAGACGUCAGCAAGGGAUUCGUGAGGAAGCCACAAUGGAGGCCAGAUUCACCUUGA